UAUCAUUAGUUCACUUCAGACCAUGAUAGGAUACACAAACAUUGUUUUGCUGUCUCUGGCAGUAGGGUUGGCCGUAGCCCGGCCUUAUGGAUCCAGUGUGGAACAUGGAGGUCAUGGUCAUCGUAGGUCCCAGAGCAUGGGGGGAAGCCAUAACCUGGGAAGUGGUGGCAGUGGAGGUGGUCUUCAUCAGGGUGGUUCAAGAGGCGUUGGAGGUGGAAGUCACCAUGGAGGUCCUUCAGGCAUUGGAGGUGGAAGUCAACAUCUAGGAGGCAUUGGUAGUGGAAGUCACCAUGCAGGUCAAGGAGGUAUUGGAAGUGGAAGUCAUCACCAAGGAGGUCUAGGAGGCAUUGGAAGUGGAGGUCAUCAAGGAGGUCUAGGGGGCAUUGGAAGUGGAGGUCAUCAAGGAAGUCUAGGAGGCAUUGGAAGUGGAGGUCAUCAAGGAGGUCUAGGAGGCAUUGGAAGUGGAGGUCAUCAAGGAAGUCUAGGAGGCAUUGGCAGUGGAGGUCAUCAAGGAAGUCAAGGAGGGAUUGGCAGUAGCAGCUUGCAUCAUGGUGGCGGUGGACAACAUGGAGGUUUUGGCUCUUCUCAUCAUGGCGAACAUCAUGGAUUUGACCAUGGUGGAUACAAGAAACAUGGCUAUUAAAUAAGUGUAUUGUAAUUUUUAGGGCUUUUAUUUAUUUAAUAAUAAUUUUGUAAAAGCA